UAUCCCUUCUUUCCCACUACCGACGGUCGGACGGCAACGAAGGAGAAGAAGAGGAGGGCGAGAUGGUCAUCCCCCUGGCCCCUCUCCUUCUUCCUCCGAACCCUCGUUCGUCUCCUCCUCCUCCCGAUCCUUACCUGAGGAGCUCGCCUGUGCUCAAGAAAUGGCGGAUCGGGGCUUCUUCCGCCGCUCCUGGGGUUGAUCUCAAGCCGCUAGAGACGGCCAUCGCCAAGAAGGAUAGCGUUGCUGUUAAGGAGAUUCUUGAUCAGCUGAAUCAAAUAGGUUGGGCAAAGAAAUGGAGCUCUCAGCCAUAUGUAUCACGUCGUAUGACAUCCUUGCGGGAGCUUACCACUCUGGGAAUAAAAAACGCAGAGAACCUUGCAAUACCAAGUGUUAGGAAUGAUGCAGCUUUUCUAUUCACAGUAGUGGGAACCACGAGUUUGCUUGCUGUCAUUGCCGGUCAGCUUCCUGGGGACUGGGGUUUCUUUGUGCCUUACUUAAUUGGUAGCAUUUCAUUAAUAGUACUGGCUGUUGGGAGCAUUUCUCCUGGUCUUCUGCAGGCUGCGAUUAAUGGAUUUUCUUCAUUUUUUCCUGAUUACCAAGAGAGGAUUGCUAGACAUGAAGCUGCUCAUUUCUUGGUUGCCUACUUGAUUGGCCUGCCUAUCUUGGGAUAUUCGCUGGACAUCGGAAAGGAGCACGUCAAUUUGGUUGAUGAGCGGCUUCAGAAACUACUAUACAGUGGACAACUUGAUGAGAAGGAAUUGGACAGGUUGGCUGCUGUGUCGAUGGCUGGACUUGCAGCUGAAGGUCUGAAAUAUGAUAAGGUGAUUGGUCAAUCAGCAGACCUUUUCACGCUUCAGAGGUUUAUAAAUAGGAGUAAGCCACGGAUUAGCAAGGAACAGCAGCAAAACCUUACAAGAUGGGCUGUGUUGUUUGCUGGAUCUCUCCUCAAGAACAAUGCAGUAGAGCAUCAAGCUCUUAUGGCAGCAAUGUCGAGGAAAGCUGGCGUGCUCGAGUGCAUCGAAGCGAUAGAGAAUGCUGCUUAAUUAAUUUGUAUAGCUUGAUCAUUCGUAGUGGAGCUCAUGAUUCAUUCGUUGGCUAUCAACUGUCUCCAGAAAUUGAAAACUCUGCUGUGAGCCAAAAUUCAUAAGCUUCCUUUUUAGUUUGUAAAUGACGAUAUCAUAUUGUUACAGUCGAAUAAUCGUAUGUUUAUACAUUUACCUCUAA